AUGGUGAGAUAUUAAAAUUUUUUUGAUACGAAGAAGCAGCUGUUAAAGUUCAGUAGAAUUUACUUGCAAUUUUAUUUUAUUGGUCUAUAAAUAUUAUAAAGCAAAAUAUAGAAUUUACAAGAUUAAAACCUCGUUGAAGGAAAAGAUUCUAGUUGCUGGAAAAUUGCAAAUGAUAAAAAAUAAUAUGAAUAAAUUGUAAAAGGUAAUAAAUAAUAAGAAUAGAUUGCAAAAGAUUGUAAAUAAUAAGAAUAAAUUGCAAAUGAUAUAAACUACUCAGAAAAAAUUUAACAAAGUACCAAUAACAAAUAAAUUAUUACUAAACCUAUUAUAUAUGCUAGUUUAGCAAAAGACGAAUUAAAGGACAUCUACUAAUCUGCUCAACUAGAAAUACAAUAAAUUUGUUAUUAUUGCAAAAAAAUAAUAGAGGAAAACUAAAUUUAAUUGACAUGCUAUCAUCAUUUACAUUUAGAAUGUUUUACUAUGUUAAUUUAAAAUUAAAUACAAAAUAAUAGCCCAAGAUUGCUAUGUCUCUGUAAUCAAUAUAUAAAAUCGCAGUUAAUUUAGAAUUAUAUACAUGAUGAAAAUCUAAUUGAGCAAUAUUUUAAUAAUCAACUCAAAUAUAUUCAAAAGGGUUAAACGAAAUAAUUUAAAAUAUGUUAGAAAAGUGAAUAAUGCCCAUUCUUUUAUAUUGAGACAGAUAAUUAGAGCGUUUCUUAUUGCGAACAAUGUGAUCAAUAAACAUAAACACUAGCUAGCUAUAUAAAAUUGAAUUUCGUUUAAAUAUAUAAAUCCUAUUGA